AUGUGGGCUAAAUCUAGAGCUUCUACGACCAAAAAAGAUGGUAAGGAAUUGAGAGAUGCUCGUAAAAGCUUGAGCGUCAACGAGGAGUACCUUAGUGCACUAAGAACCAAAUCGUACGCAGAAUUCUUCACCAAAGUUGAAUUACUUGUAAACCAGCCAUCCUCUUCAUCAUACUCCAGCCAUCAGGAGUUGUCUGAAAUUCUUCUUGAACAGAGUCAAGACACGAUUCCAGCUAUUCUUGACUCUGCAAUUCUUUCCUCAAACAUACCUGAACUCAAAGGCCUUAUGCUCAACUACUUUGACAUCAGUGCCGAGGCUUCAAACUUCUGUAGCCACCUCCUCAAAAGCAUCAAACAGAUCCAAUCCAGCUACCACUUCAUUCACCACACGCUUGACACUGUCGAUGAUCAUGAUCAUUACUAUUCUCCAGACCAAGUCAAGCUGAUUAUUUCAGAGCUAAACUCGUUCGUUAUCCUCAACAAACAUGAAUUUAAGCUGAUACGCGACAAGUACUCGUUAGUAUUGCACCGCCUGAAGUCAAUGAGAAAAAAGGUGGCAAGAAAACUUAAGCUGAUUAAAUAUUUGAAGAAGGCAUUUGGGAUUUGCGUCGCGGCAGCUUGUGGGUUGGUAGCCAUCGCAGCCAUUGUCCUAGCAACGCACACUCUCAGCGCGCUUGUCUUGGCGCCAACACUUUUCAGCUCCCCCAUGAAGCGCUUAAAGAAGAAGUGUUUAAGCUUUCGGUUCUUGAGAAGUGGGCUUCUCAGCAAAGUAGGGAAGCAGAUCGAUGUGGCGGCAAAGGGAACUUAUAUCUUGAACAGAGAUUUUGAUACGAUUAGUCGGCUUGUGGCUAGGCUUAACGAUGAGGUUGAGCACAGAAAGGCAAUGUUACGAUUCUGUUUGGAGAGGAGGGAGGAUAAGUUUUCUUUGCAAGUAAUGAAGGAGAUUAAGAAGAGCGAUAUUGGGUUCAGGAAGCAAGUUCAGGAUCUUGAAGAGCAUGUGUACUUGUGCCUUGUAACCAUUAACAGGGCUAGAGCUUUGGUCAUUAAGGAGAUGACUUCAUGCUGUGUAGAGAAAUAA